CUGAUUGGUGCCCGCGGGGCGGGCCUCCCUGCCUAUCAAAGUUAGCGGGAAAAUGGCGGCGGCUGCAAAGGCCGCAGACUCGUAUUCCAGCGGCGGCCCGGCGGCGGUAAGGCUGCCCCAGUCGCCGCCGUUCAAGGUGCUGGCGGAGCAACUGCGGCGCGACGCGGAAGGCGGCCCGGGCGCGUGGCGGCUGUCGCGGGCGGCGGCGGGCCGCGGGCCGCUGGAGCUGACGGCCGUGUGGAUGCAGGGCACGGUGGUGGCGGCGGGCGACGGCGAGGCGCGGCUGCGGGACCCGAGCGGGGCCUUCUCGGUGCGCGGCCUGGAGCGGGUGCCGCGCGGGCGGCCCUGCCUCGCCCCAGGAAAGUAUGUGAUGGUAAUGGGAGUGGUUCAGGCAUGCAGCCCUGAGCCGUGCCUUCAGGCUGUGAAGAUGACUGAUCUUUCCGAUAAUCCCAUCCAUGAGAGCAUGUGGUCACUGGAAGUGGAAGAUCUACACAGGAAUAUUCCCUAGAUGAUGGGAAAAGCAACCGAGAUUCCGAAACGACUGAGGUUCUUAUCCCAUGUGGAUUUCACGGACAUUGUUCAAUGCGUAUUUCUCAAAAGUUCCUCGGAGAGCUUUGCUUUGGCUCACCAAGGAGUCCCGAUGUAGGGUUUCUAAAUGCUGGGACGCUCUAGCUCCCUCAGCCCUUGGUGCCCCUUUGCUUUGACCACUGUUUGCUGAUGAAAAGCAGAUGUGUUCUUUCUCUCUCUCUCUCUGUUUUGGUUUAUGUGUGUUAAUUCUCUCUAAACCACACAGAAAUCUCUUGUUGCAUUUUCCAAUUUUUACAAGCGAUGCUGCUUUUUCCGUUACCACCGCGACCCUAUUUUAUGGUGCAAACUUUGAAUCUCAGUUGUUGCCCGUGGUUUUGUGGACAGGAAAACAGACUGCGUGAAAGAAGAAUACUGUCAUGGCCCCCCGCGUAUUCUCCAUCCACGAAUUCUCCUUCCACAUCCAGUUUGCAAGUCCAGUGGCGCAGCGGCCUCUCAAAGACACAGCUCUCUCUUUCUGCGUCAGUCACCACUCAGCCCUGUGUGGCCCAUUUCCUUUAGAUGUUGUCGAUGAUGGAAGAUGCCAAAACGCUUUUGAAUGUCAACACCAUUUCUCGUUCAAACUAAACUUAAGAUUGAGAACAACUUUCAGGCAUUAACUUUUGGUGAGACGCUGCAAGGGCGCAUCCUCCUGGUGCAGAGUUCUUACAUUUUUGGUAUGGAACGAAUUUUUUGUUGUGAUUGUAUUGAACGUUGGGUUGCUGCUCUCUGCCUCUUAUCCGACCCUCAUAUUUCCGUAGAUUGUAAAUAUCAAGGGAGUCGGGUUUAGUUCCAACAUUGCUGUAGAGUUUUGCUGGAUUAUUGAUCUUCUACCACUAAUAAAUUCUUUGAUAUGCUG